AAUAAGAUUAUUAAUAAUUAAGUCGGUUUCCAAACGCUUUUACCUGGAGACAGGAAUUGUAGCACAGUGGUGUCCAGUCAAGAUGGAGAGUCCAUGAAUUUGGUUUUGGUGAUGACUGUUAGGAUGUUACAGUGAAAUAGUGUUACAGGUAGGCCGUGUUAGGCUAGCGGUCACACCUGGGGAGGAUGCUGAUUCUGUGACUUAGCGAUUCAGUUUUGUGUGGGUAGGAGGAUCAACCCCACCCGACAUGCCCGGGGCUAGACGGGGCCUUGUGGCCCCACAAAAUACUUUCCUGGAAAAUAUUAUCAGGCGAUCUAGUGGGCAACAUAGCAGCUUUCUGCUUGCCAAUGCCCGGAUCGUGGAGUACCCAAUAGUGUAUUGUAAUGAUGGAUUCUGUAAACUCUCCGGAUAUAACCGAGCGGAAGUGAUGCAAAAAAGUUGCACGUGCAGUUUUAUGUACGGUGAUCUAACGGACCAGGAUACGGUUUUGAAAAUAGAACAAUCUUUUGAAGGUGUGGAACAAGAACAAGUGGAGAUUCUCUUAUAUAAGAAAAAUAGAACACCGCUAUGGCUACUGCUGCACGUGGCACCAAUCAAAAACGAGAAGGACCAGGUCGUGCUGUUCCUGUGUACCUUCAAAGACAUAACUGCUUUAAAACAACCAAUCGACGAGGAAGGUGGCAAGGCGGGUAUGAGCAAGUUCGCGCGCCUCGCUCGAUCUGUGACGCGGAACAAGUCCACCCUACUACAGUUCUCAUCACACAUACCCAACACAAAGUUCGACAACUCCAAACCCUCACAACUUGCGAACAUGAUGAACCUGAACGCGGAUGUUCUGCCCCAGUAUCGUCUAGAGGCGCCCAAGACUCCCCCUCAUAUCAUCCUGCAUUACUGCUUGUUCAAAACCAUAUGGGACUGGAUGAUACUGACACUUACCUUUUACACAGCGGUCACCGUACCCUACAACACUGCCUUCAGAAACAAGACAAUGGACCAGGUCCCACUGCUCGUCCUCGACAGUAUCGUGGAUGUUGUGUUUUUCGUGGAUAUUAUUCUUAAUUUCCAUACGACAUUUGUGGGUCCAAGUGGUGAAAUAAUUUCCGAUCAUAAAAUAAUUCGUAUGAACUAUUUGAAAAGUUGGUUUGUAAUAGAUCUGCUGUCGUGUCUCCCGUAUGAUGUCUUCAAUGCCUUCCAAUAUGUAGAUGACGGGAUAAGUACACUAUUCAGCGCUUUAAAGGUUGUUCGUCUCUUACGGCUCGGGAGAGUAGUCCGAAAGUUGGAUCAUUAUCUAGAAUAUGGAGCCGCCAUGCUUGUUUUGCUCAUUCUUGUUUUCAUACUGUUUGCUCAUUGGUUUGCUUGUAUAUGGUAUUCUAUCGGCCUAACGGAACUUCAAAGUGGUCUGGAAUAUGGCUGGCUUUCCACACUAGCAAAUACAACUUUUGAACCUUUUACAUGGACUAAUACCACCGCAAAAACUGCGCUCACUGGGGGCCCAGGCAAGGGCAUGCGUUAUCUCACCUCGCUCUACUUCACGUUGUCAUGCAUGACUGGUGUCGGCUUCGGUAAUGUGGCAGCGGCAACAGAACACGAGAAACUGUUUUCGAUUUUCAUGAUGAUAAUCGGAGCACUGCUCUAUGCAACAAUCUUCUCGAAUGUUACGACAAUAUUUCAGCAGUUCUACGCCAAUUUUGCACGUUACCAUGACAUGUUGAACAGCGUGCGCGACUUCAUGAAGUUACAUGACGUGCCGAAGAUCCUGGGCGAGCGCGUGAUGGACUAUAUUGUGUCCACGUGGGCCAUCACCAAGGGUAUCGACGCCACUAAGGUAUUGAACUACUGUCCAAAAGAUAUGAAGGCCGAUUUGUGUGUUCAUCUUAACCGAAAAGUCUUCAUGGAGCACCCGGCCUUCCGAUUGGCAAGCGAUGGUUGCUUGAGAGCGCUGGCCAUGCACUUUAACAUGACGCACAGUGCCCCGGGUGACCUUAUUUUCCACCAGGGCGAAAGCCUGGAUGCCUUAUGCUUUGUCGUGUCAGGGUCACUGGAGGUCAUCCAGGACGACGAGGUGGUUGCAAUCUUGAGUAAAGGUGACGUAUUUGGUGACAACUUUUGGAAAGAGCAGUCGAUCGGCCAGUCCACUGCCAAUGUGCGCGCUCUCACCUACUGUGACCUCCACACCAUCAAAAGGGUGCGGAUAUUGGAAGUGCUGGAGUUCUACCACGCCUUCGCCAACUCAUUCGCCAGGAACCUCACACUCACUUACAAUCUCCGCCACAGGUUGAUUUUUCGGAAAGUUGCCGAUGUGAAAAAAGAGAAAGAAUUGGCGGAAAAGAGGAAAAAUGACCCCCCACUGGAGUUGUCCAGUGACCAUCCAGUCCGUAAGCUAAUCUCACGGUUCCGAAAGAUAAGUGAUGCAAAGGCAAUGCAACCAAAUAACGAUCCCGAGCGCGGACGUAUGUCGUCCAUGGAUAUGCCAGAAAGACCACGGAGUUUUACCAGGCUUAUCAAUGUUUCAGAGGGAUCCAUAGGAGGCUCGCCUGUCCCGAAAAUUGGAGGGGGAGCAACGAAAUGGGGGAAAAUAAUGAACGGGAAUGUUCCUUCGGAGGGAACAUCCGACAGCAACCAAAACAAGAUAAAUGUGGAAAAGGAGAAAGAGGAUUUACAAACAAAAAUUAAUGAAGCUCCGAAAGCAACAGUGAAACCAUUGUCUAAAUGGGGCAAAAUGAUGGCAAAACCGGAGCCGAUAAACGAAGCUCCGGAGGAUGAUCAGAAAUCGAAUCUGAAAAAGACUGAUUCCACAGAUAGUGGUAUCCUCCGUAGUACUGUGAAACUAGAUCAGCUAGCAGACGACACGGUUAGCGAGGGCCCCCAGACCUUGAGGGAAUCAACUUCCGGGGCACUCUCGGUAGCCGAGCGUCAGAUGCUGACGUCAUUAUACGAUAUAAGAUUAGAAAUCAAGGAGGAAAUAGACGUGUUACACCAGAAAAUGUCAAGAAUAGAUGAACAAAUGUCAGAAAUUCUUCGGAUGUUUUCUCCAAGCUCAACUCCUUGUUCGUCACAAGAGUCGACAUACCCAGUGUCGAAAAUUACUUCACCGCGUAAUACUACUACCAACACCACGGCGAGUGCCGACAACACUCCAAAAUCCUCGGUAGAAUCUUCGCCGAAACGUCGCGUUUCUGACGUGAACUUUACUUCAAAAUCGUCGUCGACAUCAAAUCCCCGACCGAACUCGCCAGCAAGUGUUAAGUCACGUGAUUCGCAAUCAAAGACGUCACAGGGCUCUUCCGUAGAUUUGUCCAGAGGGUCUCAGAAUGUCUCCCGUUCUUCCUCGCCGGCUGGCCGUAGUUCAACCCCUGUAAAGACUUCAAAUGUCUCGUCGAUGUGUGACGAUGUUCUAAAAAUGGAUGUGAAAUCCAAGUUGAUAAAGGCUCAUCCAAAAGGCCUGCAAAAUAAGGCAAGUGUGCGAUACAGUUCUCAUGUAAGUAACCAGCAAAAGCAACAACAUUCCCCACCGAAACAUGUUCAACUUAGCAGCUCAUCGGAACCCGCCGGAUCUGUCAGUGAUGAUUCGGGGUCCCAACAGUCCCAACCGUCCCAAGGAGCUCAUUCAUCUCCAGAAGACAGUAAGUCAGGGUCAGAGCGAGGUCAGCAGGUGCUGGCUGGACUUCGGAUUCCUUCGGACGAUAACAACACGCAUAUCAAAGAUAGAGACUUGGAUAUCUUAUGA